AAAUUAAGAAGCAUUUAAAAUCAACGGCUAUUAAUUAUUUGCUUAAUCAAAUUUCUCUUACUAUUCGUUAUUAACAACGCUUAAGAGUUCGGUCAUUUUUGUACACGAAAUUCAACCGCUCCAUUGCAUUGCGAGCCACAUUGCUGAAGAUUUUACCUCUCUUUCUCCAUAUCAUUUCAGCAAUCAAAUUCUUCCUUCGAUUUCGCAGCAAUGACGGAAGUAGAGAACAAGCAAGUGAUAUUCAAAGGCUACAUUGACGGAGUUCCCCAACUGGGAGACUUCGAGCUCAAAAUUGGGAAGCUCAAGCUUGAAGCUCCUAAAGGUUCCGGAGGUUUUCUUGUCAAAAAUCUCUUCCUUUCAUGCGAUCCUUAUAUGCGUGGCCGUAUGCGCGAUUACCACGAUUCCUACAUUCACCCUUUUGUUCCUGGCCAGCCAAUUGAAGGUUUUGGGGUUGCUGAAGUUGUGGACUCUGAUGACUCCAAUUUCAAGCCUGGUGACAUCAUUUCAGGCUUUACACGUUGGGAGGAUUACAGCUUAAUUAAUAAAGAAAGUACUCAACUGAGAAAAGUUGAACCGGACGAUCUCCCUCUCUCUUUCCAUGUUGGCCUUCUUGGCAUGCCUGGAUUUACUGCUUAUGCGGGAUUCUUUGAGGUUUGCUCCCCGAAGAAAAGUGAUUAUGUAUUUGUCUCUGCAGCAUCUGGAGCAGUUGGUCAACUUGUUGGCCAACUUGCUAAAUUGCAUGGUUGUUAUGUUGUAGGAAGUGCUGGGACAAAGCAAAAGGUUGAUAUUCUGAAGAACAAACUUGGAUUUGACGAAGCUUUCAACUAUAAAGAAGAAUCCGACUUGAAUGCAACUUUGAAAAGGUACUUUCCAAAAGGCAUAGAUAUAUAUUUUGACAAUGUUGGUGGGGAUAUGCUUGAUGCUGCACUUUGCAACAUGAGGGUUCAUGGUAGAAUUGCCAUUUGUGGAGUGAUCUCUCAGAACAGCAUUUCUAAUCCAAAAGGGAUCAGCAAUCUGUGGAAUCUAAUACCAAAACGUGUCAACAUGAAGGGAUUUCUUCAAAGCGAUUACCUGCACUUGUUUCCACGUUUCUACGAAGAGGUUAGUAACUACUACAAGCAGGGAAAGAUUGUUUAUAUUGAAGAUAUAAAAGAAGGAUUGGAAAAUGGUCCAGCUGCCUUUGUUGGACUCUUUUCUGGAGAUAACUUAGGUAAACAAGUUGUUCGUGUUGCACGUCAAUGAUUUUUCGAUGUCGGUCGUUGCAUGAACUUGUAGCAUAACAGCAAAACUAGAAGCUAGAUUGGAUUCUUCGUCAUUUUCCUAUGGUUUAUGAUCAAAAUAAGUUGUUUACUGUUGAAAUAUUUGUUCUUCAAAAUAAACAAAACUACGGUCCCUUCAGUGACUCUUUGGGAAGGGAUAACGCUUUUAAGAUCAGCAAAAGAUCUUCCUGUUUACUUAAAUUAAUGUGGUUAGGCCUUUCCUAGAUUAUCCAUUUAUAUUUUUAAUUUUGUCA